GUGAGGAACUUUUCUUGGGAGAUAAAAUUAGACCUAGAGCUUGCUGACAGGGAGUCUGAAGCGUGGGACAUGGACCGUUCACUGGGAUGGCAAGGCAGUUCUGUCCCUGGGGACAGAGCUGAAGCUGGGGUAAGCCCUGGAGACUACGGCUAUAAGCAGAUCAAGCGCUUUCUGGAGGACGCGGAGGACGCAGAGCUGAGCACAUUCGUGAAGGAUUUCCCAGGCAGCGAGACCUACCACCACCCAGAGGCCAAGACCUGGGUGUCCAGGCCCCAAAUCCUGGAGCCGAGGCCCCAGGCCUCGGACCUCUGCCAGGAUGACCUGGAGCUCAGAGCCCCGUCGUGGCCCCCGCCCUCUGACAGCCAGCAGUACAUGUCUGCCUCAGCCCCUCUCAGCCCCUCAGCCCGGCCCCGCAGCCCGUGGGGCAAGCUCGAUCCCUAUGACUCCUCCGAGGAUGACAAGGAGUACGUGGGCUUUGCGACCCUCCCCAAUCAAGUCCACCGAAAGUCCGUGAAGAAAGGCUUUGACUUUACCCUCAUGGUCGCAGGAGAGUCUGGUCUGGGGAAAUCCACUCUCGUCAACAGCCUCUUCCUCACUGACCUGUACCGGGACCGGAAGCUCCUCAGCGCUGAAGAGCGGAUCACGCAAACAGUGGAGAUCACUAAACACGCAGUGGACAUAGAAGAGAAGGGUGUGAAGCUGCGGCUCACUAUCGUGGACACACCGGGUUUUGGGGAUGCGGUCAACAACACAGAGUGCUGGAAGCCUGUGGCAGAAUACAUCGACCAGCAGUUUGAGCAGUAUUUCCGAGAUGAGAGCGGCCUGAACCGCAAGAACAUCCAAGACAACAGGGUGCACUGCUGCCUGUACUUCAUCUCGCCCUUUGGCCACGGGCUCCGGCCACUGGAUGUUGAAUUUAUGAAGGCCCUGCAUCAGCGGGUCAACAUCGUGCCUAUCUUGGCAAAGGCAGACACACUGACACCUCCAGAAGUGGAGCGCAAGAAACGCAAAAUCCGGGAGGAGAUUGAGCACUUUGGAAUCAAGAUCUACCAGUUCCCAGACUGCGACUCUGACGAGGAUGAGGACUUCAAAUUACAGGACCAAGCCCUAAAGGAAAGCAUCCCAUUUGCUGUAAUUGGCAGCAACACGGUGGUAGAGGCCAGAGGGCGGCGAGUUCGGGGCCGGCUGUACCCCUGGGGCAUUGUGGAAGUGGAAAACCCAGGGCACUGCGACUUUGUGAAGCUGCGGACCAUGCUGGUGCGUACGCACAUGCAGGACCUGAAGGACGUGACCCGGGAGACACAUUACGAGAACUACCGGGCACAGUGCAUCCAGAGCAUGACCCGCCUGGUGGUGAAAGAACGGAAUCGCAACAAACUGACUCGAGAGAGUGGUACCGACUUCCCCAUUCCUGCUGUCCCACCAGGGACAGAUCCAGAAACCGAGAGGCUGAUCCGAGAGAAAGAUGAGGAGCUGCGACGGAUGCAGGAGAUGCUGCACAAAAUCCAAAGACAGAUGAAGGAGACCCAUUAGCUGGCUCUCAGCCUUGAAUAUUUAAACACCACCUCCUCGUCCCGCCUGUGCCGGCCCCUCCCAGCACCAGCUCUGCUCAGGCCCCUGCAGCUCCUGCCACCUCACCUUACACCCCUGCUGCUUCCCCAGAGACUCAGAGGAAAUAAAGGUUAACAAAUCUGUA